AUGGGACGUACUACAUGUUCAGACGCCUUAACCACCGGACCGCUACGGCAGAAUGCCUGUACGCUAUUACAAGGAAAGGGUGUUCGCUUUACUUCUGCUGACGCUUGGUUUGAAUUUUUUAAUCGAAGGUCGCUUGCUGACGUGAGAUCCUGCACGAUCCGGGCUCCUGAAGUGAAGAAAGCGGCUCCUACGGGCUGUCAGGAAGGGGGCGUGAAUGCUGACAUCGUGCGCCGGACCGUCGAGGUGCAGCAGCCGGCGGCUGCGGCUUCUCAGAAGCUUUUUGCCCACGCCUGUCAACCAAGGCGGGGAGAGGGACGGCACUCGAGAAACCACAGUGCAGGCAGGGAAGGUCGAACGCCGUCCUUUUACUUCGCGUGA